AUGGCUUUUUCAAGCCGCAACACGGCUUUUUCUUCUUUUUGUUCCGAUUUGAAGCAGAAAAACAUGGGCAUUUGGGCGAUAGCAAUUGGCGUCGCCGAAAGGGAUAUCAUACCGGGAGGACACUCGGACGAGGUCUCUCUCUUCUUUUCUUUUCUUUUCACAGCAUUCAUGGGGGAGGCGGCAUUUUGUACGAGUAACAGCAUGGCUCACCUGUUGGGUAGAAAGAUAUCACUACCUUAUAUGACCCGUCGCAUUGAGGGUUUAGAUGAGCGGAUAUUCAUCGUGAUUGAGUUGACUAACUACUCCGUGACCAGCGAGGUCAGUUGA